AGCAUUUUAAUGAAAAUAGAUUUGGAUACGCUUGCAAUGUAUGUGAUCGGUUAUGGUUUGAAGAUGAUUUGAAACAAGUUACUGACAGCGAUUUAGAUUUAUUGGGUACGGAGUACGUAUUUACGUCAGACUCUCCGGGACCGUGGUUUCACUGUCAAUUUUUCCCAGUCUUCGGGUCGUUGAAUGUGCCUUGCGGUACUUUCAACUCGUGAAGUGUGUGUGUGCUCAAAUUACCAAAACAGCUCAAACAAAUAGACUGAGAGCGACAGUGUGUCCAAAGUCAAACACCGGGUAAACAAUAUCGAUCUUUCAGUGGAGACGCGUAGCGCGGGGUAACUAGCCAAAAGUGUACAAAAUAAGAUGUUUACAUAACAACACUUGUGACAAGCGACAUCAGAGUAGCGUCUUACUUUACAGGAAGAUAAACGUCGAGUCCCAAGUCAUGCAGCAGUCUUGUUCUCAGCGGUUUCUGCUAGCAGUUGUGUAUCGCGUCUAGCACGGCGUGCCCAGUGUAACAAUGUGAGGUUAAACUUCUCCAAUUACGAAACACAUAGAAACUGUUCAGGCCAUACAAUUACUUAACGGUACUGAAAUAUGAUUGAAUGGGCAUUCUGUUAGCCAGUGCGUAUGCGGUGAUAUUUCCGGUUAUUUAUGCUUGUGUCUGUAAUUAUAUGCAUAAAAAUGACACCUGCAAAAGUGGUUACUGACAACAAUGUUGCUUACUACCAUACGUGCCAGUACAGUUCUCUGCAGCGACUUCAACGGCGUGGGAAGAUGCAUGGAGCACGUCGUGUUGUAAUGUUCUGUUUACUGACAGCCGUUCUUCCUACUGUACUCCUGAUCAUCCCAUUGUAUCUCCGACAUAGUAUUUAUGCAGAUGUUAUCUAUGCAGUUGCGGAAUCAGACGUGCUUGAAAUUCUUGAUGGCAUAUCUACAGUAUUCUGUCAGGGGCAUUCUCUGAAAAUGAAUUCAUCAUUUCACGCUUUCCAACUGGCAGGUAUGCCCGACUUGAGCCCCAAUAGGAAGCACAUCCGCCUGAAGAAGAGCAUGUCGUUGCCAGACGACACAUUGGAAUACUGGGGAUUCUAUCUCCUCAAAGGUUCAACAGUCGUCCUGUCAGUAUGUUCGAGAUAUGAAGGGUCCAGAGUUAUGGUUGUUAAGGGAGAGAAAAAUCUUAAAACGUGUGGUUUGUUGGACCACAAGGAAGGGGCUGUUCACCCUAAUAUGGCAAGUGGUCAGGGGCAGGUACGUGUCACAUUUGAUACUGUAGCUCAGGAAGUACAUUCAAAGCAAGAGGCUAGUCCUCUGAAACGAGUAACACACCUUCCAGCUGAAGAUUUUGAAGGUGAGGAUCAGUCCGGUGAUGCGGUUAAUGCGAGCGAGACGCUGGCAGAAACGGAUAACAUUACGGCGUUAGAACACUAUGCUGAUCAGUUCAUUAGGAGGCAUUCAGCAAUUAGAAAUGAGACAGACUCUGCGAAUAAUAGCAGCUCUUUAGUAAAACAGAACACUCAGCACGUUCGGCAUGCAAGGAAAAAAAUUAAGGGUUUUGAAUCGCACGUAUCAGAUCCUAAAAAGAGCCAUAGUAACAAGAAGGAACAGAGGAGCAGACAAAACAAGCAUUUGGAAGGGUCUCCGAAGCGCGGGAGGAAGGACGAAAGCGAGAGAAUGUCGGGAGCGGCGAUCAGUGAAAAUAGACUUCGUAAGAACGAUGAAGAGGGAGAAAUCCAAGGCAAAACACCUCAGAAAGUGAAGAGAGCUGUGCACUUUGGUGCCACGCAUAUAUUGGACGGCGGUAUUGAACACGGCGGCAACGCUGGGAAUAUGUCCGAAACGGAUGAUACAGAGUCAUCCGUCUCUAGCUUUGAGAACAGUCUUCUUACAUGUUACGACGGACAGAUACUGCUUGCACAGAGCUUUCUUCCAUCACCUACGUGUUCGGACGUACACGCUAUUGAAAAACAUGGUACUAUGGAAACUGUUCAUGAAGUAAUUGCAGAUGGCUACUAUUACUAUAUAUUUUACAGUGAUAAUGAUUACGUACAGAAUGAUAUACACGCAGUGUUUAAUAUUCACAAACCCACGUACCAGUACGCCAAGCAUAGCAGGGCUUGUUUCAAUCAGACAGAGUGCAAUUUCCCUAUAACGUUCUGGUCCGAUGAAAUUGUUAUUGUGGAAGUGCCAACCCGCGAUGGCAUAGAGCACGAAGAAGAUGACAUAACUUAUCUCAUAUCGAGCUGUUAUCCUAGGAUGUCUGUUUAUGUUGUAUUUCCUGUUGCUGUGUUGUUCCUAAUACUAGGAUGUGCAUUUAUGUGAAUACCCGGUCCUUUCAGAGUAGAUUCAUGUGAAAACAUGUACCAAAUUAAUAGUCUUCUCCAGAAAUCAACCGAAUUUUAUAGAAAAUAAAAUUAUACAUUUAAUCAUUAAUAUACGAAAAUUUAAAUUUUCUCAUGCGACCUCACAGCUGGAUUAAAUCGGCAUUUAAAUGCUUCAAACUGCAGAGAUUUGUAAAAUAAAUUGUAGUCUAUUUAUCGCAGUCUUGAACUUGGAAUCUCCAGAUAAAAUGUAGACUGUUGACCAUUUAACAUUGUAAAUAAUAUUUAAUAAUUCAAUCUGUACUGCAAAGUAAACACCAUGCUUUUGCAUUACAAAGAUGAACUGGUUAACUCUGUUUAAGUAAAUAAUCACUGUUUGCACUGACAAUCUUACGAAACACACAAAUAAAAAUGCAGACUUAUUGAUUGUUAAAGCAGCUGUUGCGUAUAAGUACAACUAGGCUUUAAAAGGAUUAAGUUUGAAUCAAUUUUCCCCCAUUCUGAAUUUGCAAAAUAAUCAGACUGGCAAUCAUACCUGUUUUGUUUUGUCCCCCUUUAUCCUUUAUAUUCUUUGAAAUAUUAAAAAAAACAAAAACAGAUGAGGUAGAGUGGCAGAAAAGAGAUUUUGUGUAGUUUGUCCCAAAAACUGAAGUCGUGCAUUGAACUCCAACUCUGAAAACCUAAGGACAAACGACUGGCAGCGUUAGAAAAGAAGCAGCUUUUUUGAACUCACGUUUAUAUUAAAAUUUCGUAUUUUUCUAGUGUGUAUAACUGACCCUUAUACUUCUGCCAGACCAAGAAUCCUCCUAAGCGGGGAGAUCAUGCCCUGAAAUGGGCCGAAGCACCACAGACGAUGAUGUAUUUCUGCCAUUCUUAUUUUUUUAAUGUGUUAUUUUUAAGUCCCUCAUAAAAAUAUCAUAUAUGUGACUGAACCAUCACAUCCAGCUCUGUGCUCCAUUCGUUUGAGGGUUAUGGAACCUUAGCAGUAUGGCGUUAACAGCUUAGUCACAACAAACAAUUUCUUUAGUCAGCUGCAAGGUCUCUCCUGCUUCGUCUUAUUUCUGUUUAUUGUCCUACAUUCAGCGCUACAUUGUUUGUGCGUAAUUAAAUGAAGCAUAAAUAAGUAAACUAUGUUGCUAGUCUUUUUUUACAGAUGUUACAUAUUCAAAAAUUAUGAUUUAAUGAUCAUAAUUAUGUAGUCAGUAACGCUUCAGAAGUUAGUAUGAAAAACAAAUGAGUGCUUCCAGGUGCUAUGAUAUUCAGUUAUGACAGGUGCUCUCAGCAGCACGGUGAUACAGUUGCACGAUCCUUUUACAGCAAAGGUUUGUUUCUUAAAAAGUCGUUACAUUUGAGGAACAGGCUUGCCACAAUUUUCCCAGCUGUGUGUCUCUUCGUAAAUUCCUCUGGUUAUAUAGUAGUAUGUGCUCUCUGUCCUGUGAUGAGCCGGAUAUGAAUUCUUGUUCCUGGCCGACUUUCUUACUUUUGCGUCCAUUCGUUUUCUGGUGUUUCAACAGUAUUCAGAGAGCACGCUACUGGUUGUGGGGCGUGUUCCAUUCAUGUGAAGACCUUUCAUGUUCCUGCAGAUCUGAUUUUGUUCCAGAGCAACCCCGUGAAACAGCCGUGUUCUGUUGUGUACAUUUACAGGCCUUAUUAACGACCAUCGGAAUACAACUUGUCACACUGUGUAAACUUCAUCUGUUUCAUGGUGUCUCACAUGUCUUUAUGAUAUACAUUCAUCUUCAGGGAUGUAUUCAGGGAAAUAUUGUUACUUUUACAGUUGUUACAGAUGUUAAAAUUCUUAAAUUUUUACACUGCUUGAUUCAAGUUGUUGUUGAUUGCACUGUAUUGUACGAUAUAUUUAAACCCAGUAUCAAGCAGACUUCGUACUAUGAUUUAAAGUUCUUCAUAUGCUGUGGUGGUUUGUGUCAUAUUUAUCCUGUGUUUGAGUGAUGCUAAGCUAUUAAGUAGGAUUUUCUAUAUCCAAAUGAUAUGGCACAUUCUUAAGUUGUUUCUUGAUUUAGGUCUUUCGCUGUUUAUGUCUGUGUUAUAUACUGUAAUAUUAAUUUGAUUUCUGAGUACGUUUUGCGUACAUAUAUAUGUAUAUAUAAUUUUUUUCUGUGGUAAAAUAUGGUAGGAUUAAGUUUUACACAUAGAAGAACAUUUGUUAUUUAUCUGUUUCUUGGUGUGUGGGGGGGGAGGGGGUGUAUCUGUAUGUUUGUGUUGAUGUUUCUGUACUAGUCCACAGGCAUUUUCCCAACUAUACCUGUGUUCCAUGUUUAUAAUAGUGCGUAUUGCUCUGCAUGCGCUCAUUAAUACGCCUAUUUCAUUGUAUUCAUUUAUUUUUUAUUCAUCUGUUUUGCUGUAACAAUAAAUGUGGUAUUAUUUUUUUAAUAUCCUUCAGUAUGUCUUUCUGGCUUGUUAUAUUUCAUAAAUGUUUCCUCUUCGUUUACUUAAUCGGCUACUGAAUACGCCGUCAUGUCAAACAUGAGACUUUCUUACUCUUUCAGUUUCAGUCCCACGAAAACAUCAUUCCAUGACUCACCCUCUGAGGCUUAGAAAUGUGAGAAUGAAAUGGGUAGUCUUUUAUGAUAUUAUGCCGGUCAUCUACAUUUAUCAUCUUUAAGUUUAUAGUUUUUACUUUAAGUUUUGACUGAUAAGCUAAUCUUUUAUAUACAACUAACAUACUGUGAAUAUUAAUAUAUGAUCUUUUUGUGCCAUAUUAAUGAAAAUACAUUAUUCGUUGAAGAUAUUUUAUAUAAUGCGCUUUCUUUAAUUAAUUGUUAAACAUUUCUGCUUUUAUAUGUUACCACUGUAAGGGUGCUAAUGAGAUAUUACGUAAGAACUCUGGUGAGGAGACUGGAACGCAUCGGACAGCCAUAUUAACACUUACUAUUUUUAACGUUUUUAAUUUCAAAAUAUAUUUAAUUUUUGUGUUGUUUUCCUGACUGAAGAGUUUUGCCAUAAGAAAUUAUGUUUGUGCUUUAAUGUACAUUGUGUGUGGGAUGAUGUAGGUGACAGUAUGAACACUGUAUCCAUAAACACUUAAUCCUGUAAUUUUAUGAAGUUGUAGAAUGUAGACUCUUAUCAUUUUAAUGCCAUACCAUUAAGUUACUGACAUUCCGUCAUUUCGGGUCAUGUACUGUAUUAAUACAGACAUUGAUUUAUUUUCAGAAAACUGUGACUGCAAUUAAAAUGAAGCUGUUUUUACUUCCAGUUGCUUUACAAAACAGUUUUGAUUCUGUUACGUGAAUUAAAUUAUUUGUAUGGGUGUCAUAUGUGAUCACCAUAUAUUUAACCAUUUCCCUUAUUUCGAGAUAUGUCAGGUUAUUGAUUUUUACAAAAAAGAAAAUUUCCCUUGAGUUAAUUUGGGACAAUAUUGCUUCUUCUGUCCCAUUACUAAACCAAGUUAAUUCUGGUCAUGAAGAAAAUGUGUACAAUAGAUUCCGGUUAAUUGGGCCAUCGGUUAAUCGGGGCAGCCCGUAUAUUUGGGACAAAUCUUAAAGAGAAACCUCUUUAAUUCUUUACGUGGAACUUCGCUUAAUUGGGUCAAAUUAUUUUAGUCCCGAUGUGUCCCAAUUAACUAGAGUCCACUGUAUGUCAGACUAUAGAUGUAAGUAACUGAUGGACUUCUGUACUCUCAUAAGCCAUAUAUGUUUAUGUAUUUUGACACCAGAUUGCACACAAAUAAGGAGGACUCUUAAGCGUCUGUAGCAUGUGUCAUAAGUUUCCAUGCAAGCUGCAGAAUCAUUUGUGUGCCGUGAUUGUAGAGAAGUUAAUUUUUACAAACGAUGGGAAGUGGCCUGUGAUAGCUCUGGAUAAUAAUAAUUACAAUAAAAUAAACAUAAUUUUGCACAGUACGAUUACAUGUAUUUCAUCAGGACACAUAUAAAAUAAUCUCAUCUUCAUGGGCGUAUUCCAAGUGUGAAAUAUUUUUUUUUCUGAUCAAUCAUAGAUACAGAAAAAUAUUAAUGAGGGUAGGGGUUAAUAAUGCCUUAAGCUUCCUUUUAGCUGUUUAAUCAAUUAUUUGCAAAGAAUACAUCAGGCGCUAGAUGGAAGCAGUGUCAUUUCAGUUUGGUAUGUGGAAGGAAGUUUGGAUUUUUAUAUAAAUGUUUAAGGAAUUAUAGUGUUAAUCUGUCUUGUCCUGAGAUGCCAUUUAGUUUUUUAUGAAAAUUUACAUAAGACAAACUUUUCAAGAUUGUACAUAAGAGAACCAGUAAUGAUGCAUGUCUUCCAUGUUGAUGGAUCCUACAGAUAUGUUUUUGUAAGUUCAAUUGUAGUGUUUGCUGCUGUGUGUAUUUUGCAGCAUUCUGAAAGUUGAAUAUUUUAUAUAUAUUACAAGUCCUUGUUCAAAUAAGCAGUACUUUUGUAUAUUUUUAAAGUAAUAAAUAUGCCAUGAU